AGCCUACGUACUAGAGUACAUCAAUGCCGCUCCCAAAUUAGUUGGUGACUAAGUUCAAGCCACCGAAAAAGGACGCCAUUUCUUAAAGUUCAUAAACUGCGUCCCGUACUCCAUACAUCUAGGCCAUUGCGGUCCUGCGACCAUGGUUUUGUCGAUUCUUUGCGCACACCCCUAGAACAUCAUGUCCACUGAUGGUGGCGGUAGUCCGCACGAUUUAUUCGUGCAGACCUGGAUUAUGUACAGCAUCGCCAUGUUGCUGUUCCUCGUGAGAGUUUUUGCCCGGUACAAGCGGUUGGGCUUCCGACUCCAGAUUGAAGAUUAUCUCAUGGUGGUCGCCGUGGGUUUCUACACGGCAUUUGUCGUGACGAAUAUUGCCAUCAUCGACGGAGGAGGAAGCAAUUUGUACGAGCCCGCCAGUCUCUACUACACCUUUACGGCCGCCGAAAUCGCCGCGAGGGUCAAAGGCUCCAAGAUUGAGUUUGCUUCAGAAAAUUGUCAGCUCUGCACCAUUUACUCGCUGAAAGCUUGCAUGCUGCUGGUGCACUUCCGACUCACGACCAAUCUGUGGCAAAAUCGCCUCGUCAAAAUAAUUGCAGGGUACACCCUGGUCGGCUGGAUCACCACGGAGCUGGUGCUGUUUCUCAACUGUCGCCCCCUGUCCGGAUAUUGGACACUCCCGCCACCCCAUAAAGAAUGCUCCACCUACUUCCGCUACGAAGUGGUGCAAUGCGUCUUCAAUCUCAGCUCCGACAUAGCCAUUCUCUGCGUGAUUCUGCCGAUGUUUAUCCGGGCCAAGAUGCCGUGGAAGACGAAAUUACCCGUGAUUGUUGUUUUUUCCAUGGGUAUCGUGGUGAUCGCCUGCGCCAUCAUCUCCAAAUACUUUACGUUCUCCAACAUCUAUGACGACAGUUAUCAAUUCUGGUACCUGCGCGAAGCGUCGAUCGGUAUGUACGUAACGAACUUGCCGUUCGUCUGGAGCCUGGCGAGAUCGACACUCGCCUUCCUGCGAACGAGCCAAUACACGCACAAUGGUCGGUACGAUGAGGCGCAGUACGGAACCGACCACGCUUCCAAAGCGCGAUGGAAAUCAGGGGCGAAUUCCCGAUCGACUCGGAACGUGACCGGCAUGUACGACACUCGGACUGGACGAGCGGACGGCUUGACGCGCACGGAGAGCGAAGAGAACAUUAUUGAACUGGGUGGGGUAGCCGGACAUCUCACGAACAAGUCGACGGCGUCUGCUGGAAGUGACAAUACCGACUGGGCCCAGGCGACUGGGCAGGACGACUUUAUGAUCCGAAAGACGACCGAAAUCGUGAUUCAGAAGGACUGAUUCAGCCGACACUACACAACGUCCCGAUAUUCAUGGAACUGGUCACAGCUAACCCAACACUACGAUCGGAAGAAUCCAAGCAGUCCCCCUGUUAAUCCCUACGGACGAAACCCCUUGCCCCUCCAUCUACGAUCUCAGUGCGUGCGGCGCAGCAACCCCGCUGCCUUGGUCUGAA